AUGGAACAUGGUAAUGGUGUAGAGGUGGAUGGGUUGGGAAAUACGAUCAAACAUGUUGCCCAGUCUGUUGAAUCCUCCAAGUAUAUCACAUUCAACGACUUACCUAAUGAAAUAUUGAUCCAGGUAUUUUCUAACUUAGACCCUAUACAGUUGUGUUCGGUGAGAUUGGUUUGCAAACACUGGAACUAUGCUGUGCUGGAUAAAUCUACAUGGAUCAAAUCCUUUGGGCUAAAGUUUGGUACCAGACAAACGUUUCCUAGCGUAAGUAACUCGAAGCUUUGGAUUCUGGAAUAUUUAUACCGGUUACAAAUGUACAAGAAGUGGAAGAAGGCGAUAGCAACACACAAAAAUUAUCAGUUAUUGAACAAUGAAUAUGGAUUGGUGGAUUUUGCCUUGACCAAUUUUGCCCAGGACAAGUUGUUGACAUUUGCAAGGAUAAGUGGUGAUAUUUCGAUGUGUAAUUUGAAUAAUGGUAAGAACCAAACGUUUAUACCUGGGAACUAUUUAUUGACCCAAAUAACAUGUUACGCAGUUAACUGGACUUAUUUAAUGGUUGGGAAAUUGAAUGGAGAGUUGUACUUGAAGAAUUUGAUAACGUCUACAUCAUCUGGUUCAAAUCGGUCAUCACUUAUAAAAUUUGAAGAUGGAGAGAAUUCUCGCAAUGAUACUAUAACUGGAUGUUGCUUAAACUAUCACUUCGAUAAAAGGAAGGAAAGCAUCGAUUGUAUUUCCUCCUCGAUAAAGGGUAGUUUAAAGUGCUGGAAUUUAGGUGGGAAGUUAAUUAAAAAAAUUGAACUUAAUGAGCCCAUAAUAACAGUCAAAUCAGACUUCAAGAAUUACAUUAUAGCACAGGGCCAGAAGAAAACUUUUAUAAUUCAUAUCCGUACGUUUGAAAUAGUCAGUAUCGAAAUGGGUAUGUCAAUUGAAGAAUUUGAGAACAGCUUCGUUGACGUGGAUUAUGGAGACUCAAACGUUGUUAUUUGCUAUGAAUCAACAAUCAAGGUAAUUAAUUUUAAAAAUCUAGGAAACGUAAGGCUUAAGGAGGUUAUUUUGCCAGAUGAUGUAAGUAUUCUUGAAAGCAAAUUUCAAACGGUACCAUAUAGUAAAUUGCAUAAUAGAGAUUCAGAAAUUGCCGGUAGUGAUGGAUUGAUGUGUGCCAAUAUUUUAUCUGAUGACACAGUAAUCGUGUGGAACAUUAGAGACUCUGCAACUCAGAUUGUUCCACAGUGCACAAUUACACCUAUAUUUAAUAAGCAUCACCCAGCGAUACCCAAUGACCGUACUUAUGCUACAUCGAUCGCAUUAAAUAACUCCGUAAUAGCCAUAGGAGGAUACAAUGGUUUUACUAAUUUGUAUAAUAUAUUUACUGGUGACUUUAUAAGAGAAUGCUCCAUUAAAUUUCCCAAGAGACUUAGUCAUAUGUACCAGCAUAUUAUUCCUAUAAAAGAUAUCCAAUUGAAUGAUAGUCCCACUUCGUCUAACGGUAUAAUAAUAUGCGGUGACGCUAUUCAGUAUUUCCAAUUUGGUGAACCAAAGCAGCAGACAACAACUACGACUAAAAAGAGGUUGAAUGUUGGGCCUUCCAACAAACAAGUUGUACAUCAAAAUAUCAAAGAUGAAAUAGACGAUUAUGAAAAUCUACAGGAGGCGAAACACAGAAGAGAAUUACUUUUCGCAAAGUAUAAUGGCGACAAAUAUGACGAUAAUGAUGAUGAGCUUUCAAUAGCGAUUGCCUUGAGUGAGAGCUUUCAGAAUUCCAACGGUUCGAAAGCAGAAAGUGUUGAUGAUGAUGAAGACGCACAGCUUAAACUAGCGAUUGAGCUCUCGAAAUCAACCGAAACAGAACCGGUGGAUAAUGAUGAUAUAGAACAGAUAUUAAAGUUAUCAUUAAUAGAUCAAUAA